AUGGGCGAUGUGGGCCAUGACGAGACAGCGCUGGCGGAGAUGUCGGCGCGCCAUGCGUCGCAGACAGAAGCCAUGCGGUCUGUGCUGUUUGACGACGGUCUGCCGCUGCGGCACAUGCGGAGCGUCGAUGAGACGCGGCACGUCAGUGUACCGGCCACCGACGAUCUCGCGCUGCUGAACGCGUUGAUCGAGUCAUCGGCCAGUGGGCGCGACGCGCUCGACGUCUGGGUCGACUCUAACAUGGGCGCAGCUGGCGUACUGGACACUGUUGGGACAGCAGAUCUGGAGGCGAGCACCUUCCGCGUGGCCAUGCCUGGAGGCAGCACUCUGUUGCGAGCGAGGGUGCGGUCGGCAUGUGCAACGCCUUCCACGGCCAUCGCGUCGAACAAGAGCGACACACCGUUCAAGCGGCUGGCAUUUAUCGGUGACACGGUGCUCACCCUUAUGGGUCGGAUGCAGCUGUUCUCACUCGAGGACAGCGCCAUGGAUGUGGGUCCGAUGGCGAGCGCCAUGCAGGACAUGGAGUCACGGGAAGCGUGUCAACAGUAUCUCAAGGCCACUGGCAUGGAUGAAGUUGUGCUUUCGGACUCUUACGAUAUACAAGCCGAGGCCAUCUUGUGUGCCAUCUACCUGCUGUAUGGCCUCGACGACACCGAGCGCAUCUGGCGUAUGUUCGUGUCGGCAGUGGCCUCGGUAGACGAUGCGGCGCCGAGCGGCUCAAGCACUUCAGCGCCGAGAUGUGGCAAGCAGGAGAGGCAGCAGACCGUGUCGACUCGUGCGAUGGAAUCCGUGGCGGCCUGGCAGGGAGCCGAGCUCGGAGUUCCAGACUCUGAUACGCGGACGAGGGCGGGCGCGAGCGCCGCGGGCGCAGCUGAUGAGGUUGUCGCGGGCGAUGUGGCGGCUGAUGACGACUUUGGUGAGUGA